UUAAAGUUGCAAGUUACUUUGAAAACAUUUUUCCUUGUAAGACAAGCCGAGAGAAAAGCCCUCUAAGCCAAAAUCCCAAAUCACAGUUAUCUAAUUGUAAGUCCAUCACUAAAGUCUUUAACCAAUCAACUUGAUAAUGUUCAUCAAUUGAUGCUCAACAGAAUCUCCAAAUCGUUUCAAUUAAUCCUAGUUUCCUAUCCAAUGUAUUGUGAUUAACAGUCAAAUUUACUUUCAAUGUUUCAAUAAAUUGGUUAAAAGUGAAACUUUUAAAACAGUGUAAAGUUGAACCUCAAGUUGAGUUAAACUUGAGUUUCAAAAAGGUGAAUCUUUGGUUGACAAGUCAAAAUAGUUCUUAAAUAACAAUAGAAGGUGUAUUUUGCUCUGAAAAAAUUGAAACCCAAAACCAAAUGGACCAAUUCACAGGGUAAAGUGAAAUAUUUUUGAGGUAAAAAACGAUUGAAAAACUUACCAAAAGUUGAAAAGGCAACAAAAGAGAGGGAAAAGUAAAACAAGAUUUUUGUUUCAAUUGAUCAAUGACAAUGUUCAAUACAACGUUUCCAUCCUUUCCAUCAACUGAUCUACAGUCAACCUCACCAGUGGACAUAGUUUAUCGGUUCAAUGAUCAAAUUGUUGACUUUAAUUCACUUCAUCACCAACGUUCAUCACCUUCACCACAUUCAUUUCAACCAAGUCAACACUCUUCAAAAUUGCUAUUAAACGGUACAGCCGACUGGUCGACUAACGGUUCCAUCGAGUUUACCUUCAAUGAAACUGAAAAAGAUUUUCAAGUUUACUAUUUCUAUCAGACUGAACAAUUGACUUUUCUUUGGAUUAUUUUUGUAAUGAUUGUUUUCGGAAAUUGCUCAGUCCUUGGAACUUUACUGUUAUCGAAAGGACGAAAAUCUCGAAUGAACUUUUUCAUAAUGCAUUUAGCAAUUGCAGAUUUAUUGGUUGGUUUAAUCAAUGUUUUAACGGACAUUGUUUGGCGAUUUACUGUUGGUUUUUACACUGGAGAUACGGCUUGUAAGGCAAUCAAAUUUGCUCAGGUUGUUGUAACUUAUGGUUCAACUUAUGUUUUGGUUGCACUUAGUAUUGACAGAUAUGAUGCCAUUACACAUCCAUUAAAUUUUACAAUUAGAGCUCGUCGAGCCAAAUUUUUGAUUGCCUUUGCUUGGACAUUAUCGGGAAUCUUUUCAAUUCCAACCCUUUUUCUGUACAAAAUUCAUAAUAUUGAAGAUAAACCUCAAUGUUGGAUUCAUCUUGAACCAGAAGAAUGGCAAAUUUACAUGACUUUGGUGGCGACAUCUCUUUUCUUUAUACCAACAGUCAUCAUCUCCGCCUGUUAUUCAAUCAUUGUUCACACCAUUUGGACUAAAUCUAGGCUUAUGGGUUCAUCGCCUAGGAAAAAGGUCAAACAUUUGAAUGGUUGCUCUUUAGUUUCUGAAAACAAUUGCUGUUCUAAUCAUCUUACUUCUAAUGGUAAAAAUAAUAUUAAUAAUAAUCUUAAAAGUAAUAACCCUAAUUAUACUGGAAAUAUUAAAAAUGAAGCUCGAUUUUCUGGCUUUGAAUCAGCUGAUCUUGAUUUUAAACGGAUGAGUUCGAGAGGAGUUAUACCAAGAGCUAAAAUUAAAACCAUUAAAAUGACGCUGGUAAUCAUUUUUGUCUUUAUACUCUGUUGGAGUCCAUAUUUUGUUUGGGAUCUUCUCCAAGUGUAUCAACAGAUACCUCGAACGCAAACAACUGUGGCCAUAUCAACCUUCAUUCAAAGCUUAGCUCCAUUAAAUAGUGCUGCUAAUCCAUUAAUUUAUUGUCUAUUUUCAACUCAUGUUUGCCGAAAUUUCCGUAAACAUUCAGCCGUCCUUUGGUUAACAAACGUUAUUUGCUUCUGUUUGCCGCGCCUAUACCCAAUCAGGGGAAGUACUCUUCGUAGCGAUAACAAUACUCUAACAUCAACUUAUACUCGUUCAUCUGGACGAAACUCAUUAAGCCCUCACAAUAGAUAUCAAAUGGCUACGCGCAAUAAAUUCACCUACCAACAGCAACAACAAUCAUUUCAACCAUCAUCUUUGUAUCCACAUAAGACAUUUGAUACUUAUGGUGAUACUAUUCAGCAAACAACACUCAUCCUUGACAAUAACGAUGCUAAUAGUGAUACUGAUUGUAAAUUGAAUAGCAAUAAGUUAACCCUAAAUAACAGUAAGCUUGAUCUAUCGACAUCUGAUAGUGAGGUUUCCACUAGGUUAAGGUAGUACAAGGUAAUACAAUAAGUAAAUAUUGAUUAGUAUUGCAACAAAAUUAAUUUGUAUGCCAAUGUGAAAACUAAAUCAUAUAUUUUUUUGAUAAUUGUUGCUAGACACAUUGUUAAUAUGAAUAUGAUGAAUUGUGCAAAUGUUUUUUUUGCCACUUCUAUGUAAACCUUCAAAUGUAAUAUUUUUUCCUCCCCUUUUUGUAUGAAAUCAAAAAUUGAAUCUUUUUUGUAUUCUAAGCAUACACAUUUAACAUAAUCAUUAUCAAAUACAAGGACAAGGUACAAAUAAACAAGUUAUUGAAUA